CUUUUCUUUGCAGACUUCUGUAUGACUUUUCAAUUUUAGUUGAAAUUCCCUCCAUGGCCUUUUUGGAGUCUCUUGGUGUGUCUCCAGAGGCUAUAUCCAUUCCUCUUCAUUUCAUCAAUGGUGGGGUGGCAAGAAAAAGGAGGAACUGAUUUGGGGUGAAAAGUUUUGUUUUCUAGGUAUAACAAGCUGUAAACUUCAAACGGAAGCCAAGAUGGGUGAAAAGAAACCCGAGCCUUUGGACUUCGUGAAAGAUUUCCAGGAAUACCUGACUCAGCAGACCCACCAUGUGAACAUGAUUUCUGGAUCCGUUAGUGGGGACAAAGAAGCAGAGGCUCUUCAGGGAGCUGGAACAGAUGGUGAUCAGAAUGGACUUGAUCACCCAUCUGUUGAAGUUUCCCUGGAUGAAAACUCAGGAAUGUUAGUAGACGGGUUUGAAAGGACCUUUGAUGGGAAGCUCAAGUGUCGGUACUGCAACUAUGCCAGCAAAGGAACAGCCCGGCUUAUCGAGCACAUUAGAAUCCACACAGGUGAGAAACCUCACAGGUGUCACUUGUGUCCAUUUGCGUCUGCUUAUGAGCGUCAUCUGGAAGCCCAUAUGCGUUCCCAUACCGGAGAGAAACCAUACAAAUGUGAAUUAUGUUCCUUCCGCUGCAGUGACCGGAGCAACCUGUCCCAUCAUCGAAGGCGCAAGCAUAAAAUGGUACCAAUUAAAGGUACCAGGUCUUCCUUGAGCAGCAAGAAAAUGUGGGGGGUUUUACAGAAGAAAACGAGUAAUCUGGGGUAUAGCAGAAGAGCUCUAAUCAACUUAAGUCCACCCUCCAUGGUGGUUCAGAAGCCAGACUAUCUUAACGAUUUCACCCAUGAAAUCCCAAAUAUUCAGACCGACGCCUAUGAAAGUAUGGCGAAAACCACACCCACUGGUGGCCUGCCAAGGGACCCCCAGGAACUCAUGGUUGACAACCCUUUAAAUCAGCUCUCGACGCUAGCGGGACAGCUGUCCAGUUUGCCUCCUGAAAACCAAAACCCCGCGUCCCCUGAUGUAGUCCCCUGCCCCGAUGAAAAGCCUUUCCUGAUUCAGCAGCCCUCCGCCCAGGUGUCGGCAAGUAUUCCCCAGAGCUCCUCUCCCAGCAGCCCGGACCCUCGGCCACCACACACUCAGAGGAACUACAGUCCAGUGGCCGGGCCCAGCAGUGAGCCCAGCGCUCACACGAGUACUCCCAGCCUAGGAAACAGCCAGCCCAGCACUCCAGUGCCCACCUUGCCGUCCCAGGACCCCCAGCUUCUGCACCACUGCCAGCACUGUGACAUGUAUUUUGCAGACAACAUCCUCUACACUAUUCACAUGGGGUGUCACGGAUACGAGAACCCUUUUCAGUGUAAUAUAUGUGGAUGCAAAUGUAAAAACAAGUAUGAUUUUGCCUGUCAUUUCGCGAGAGGGCAACAUAACCAACACUGACUCAAAAUAGUCUCUUCGUGCUUGCUUUGGGGUGAGGGCUUUUGUUUGUUUUGGGUGGUCCCAGAUGAUCAAAUGUCUGCUAAUU